CUGUCGAUACGCUAAGAUUUUCAUAGUUGUGCAGGAGCACAAAGUGAGCUGACUGUGAGAACUUCCAGGUAAAACUACAAACCGUCUCAAGCUCCUGAUACUCAAGUCUUCUCCUCUUUAAGCCCUUGAGGCCGCUCCUCCAGGUUUUGAUGCCCACACUCUUUGAAGCAGGUGGACAGACACAGGCAUGAGUAACAGUGGGACCAAAGAGCCGUCUCCCGAGCUGAGCCCUGCCCAGUCACCUCCUGAGCCUCAGCGCCGGGGCAGAGGUCGGCCACGGAAACAGCUGCAGGAACCUGUUGGACCACCGACUCCAAAGAGACCGAGAGGACGACCGAAAGGCAGCAAGAACAAAGGCCCCAAAACUGCACUGAAGAAAGUAGAGCCCGUUGGGGAGAGACGACCUCGUGGGCGACCAAGGAAAUGGCCUCAGAAAGUAGUUCAAGUAGCUGAAGAGCAACAGGACUCUUCAGAAGACGCUGAGGAGGGUCCCUCGGCGUUUGAGCCCUCGACAUCUCAGGUUCCAGCACAGGAGGAAGGGGAGUAGAUAGGAUGCCUCUCUACCUACCUCAAGGUUUGGCCUCCAACAAACAGCGGUACUGUCUGACUCCUAUCUGUGAUGUGGAUUCAGGAACACACACACACACAGAUCAUUGCAGACAGUGGUUUCUUCUCUCUAUCUGGUACUGUACCCUGGUUUUAUUGGUUCACGCUAAGAGUUUGGUGAACAAACUCUGUUUUACAUCAAGGAAUUCGAUCUUUGAACAUGGCUUUUGGUGAGGGAAUAGUUUGACAUUUUGGGAAAUACAUCUAUUCACUUUCCAGCCUGAGAGUUUCAUGAGAAGAUUGAUACAAGUCAAUCUAGCUACUGUCAGCAGCUGGUUAGCUUAGCUUAGCAUAAAGACUGGAAAUAGCUAUCUUGGCGUUAUCCAAAGGUUACAAAAUCGAACUACCAGCAUCUCUAAAGCUCUGUAAUUAACAGGUUAUAUCUCAUUUGUUUGAACCGUACACAAAUCAAAGUGUACGGAUCAAACAUUUUUUUUUUAAUAAGACCUUUUUUUCAUUUUUUGUUGACGGAGUUCAUAUGCCUUUUGAGUUUCCAGUCUUUAUGCUAAUGUUCGCAUUGUUCGUUGUAUCAAUCUUCUCAUCUAACUCAGUGUAUUUGCUAAAAUGCUCACCUACUACUUCAAGGAUGCCUGCUUUCCUGAACCUCUCGGUGUGUGUGUGUGUGUGUGUGUGUGUGUGUGUGUGUGUGUGUGUGUGUGUGUGUGUGUGUGUGUGUGUGUGUGUGUGUGUGUGUGUGUGUGUGUGUGUGUGUGUGUGUGUGUUUGUUUUGUGGUUGUGUGGAGAGGGGACGGGCUUGCGGGUUGAAAUGAGAGGGGGUUUUAAAGAAAAAAGGAACAAACCUGAACCGUUUUAUUAAAACAUGUUUCUAAAUAAAGUCAUAAAGUGUCAUCAAUCCUCCUAUGAAAUGGGAGCAAGACGGUGACAUUUUUUAGCAAUGUUACAAUAUUAAUUAACAUGGUGUGCUGAAGUCAUUAUUAUGAAAGUAGACGUGAAAGGUUUUAUUCCAAAAUGAAAUAUCCAAUUCAAGUGGAAACAUUAGCUCAAUUGUCAAUGUAAGCAAGAGUUCAGUUUAGAUUAAUAACCUCAAUGAUUUUUUUUCCUUCCAACCAGCAGCAAGAAAAAAAUGCACCCAAAGGUUUGAAUGGAUAUCUCAUUUUUGGAAAGAAACUCCUCAUACAUACUUUGUUGAAACAUCAUUUUACCACACUCAGGAUUUUACUAUUACAAUGCUUUUACACCAUAUUGAAACCUCAGGUACAAAACUAUUCAGGAACAUGUUGUCAGUCUACUCAGUAAUAAUUAUUGUGCCGUGUUUGUUGUGCAUUUCUGAUCUGUAUUUGACAUUACCAGUAUGCCUUGACACAAAGACCUCAUUUAAACCUCAGUUGCCCUCAAUUUCUUAAUCUCUCAUACUACCUCAGUAACACAAAAGAUCUCCAAUGAACUAACUCUCCACUCCUUCAGCAGUAAUGACAUACACACUCACUAUUCACACACACACACACGCACACACACGCACACAUACGCACACAUACACAACGGUUCAUGUGCAGGUAUACAACACAGACAGGCACGUUUUCAGGCCUACAUACCAACACACAGGAGCACACUCCCGCAGAGGAUUUUACUAUCUGAGAGCAAAUAAAUCUCAUUUCUUUUUUGUUAAAACUGUAUUUGUUAAAAGCUGAAUUAAGACUUGGUUUGUUCUCCUGGGAAAUAAAAUGCAGCCAAUAGUUUACAACAACUUAAGCUUUUUAAGGUGUAGUUCCUUAUGAAAUACUUUUUUUUGGGGGGUCUGUUAGUCCUUUCUCAUUUUUACUACAUCAUGUAUUUUCUCAUUCUUACACUGUAAAUUGUUUGUGUGACACUCUUAAUACGUGUGAUUUGAAAGGGCAGCAAAUAACCACACUCUGCUGAAAUACAUGACAGUUAUGGGAAACAACAAAACAACAGCACCACAGUUACCUUGUAUGCAAAUUGCCAAAUGAAUUGUGGAGAAGUUGUUAAUACUUAACACUGUAAAGUUGUUUCGUUUUUAGCAAUUUAUGAGAGAAAAAAAGACCCAACUUGCUGAUUCCUUUCCGAUUUUACAUUAAAAGUAAGACUACAAGCGACCACUGUGGCCACAAUGUGACAGUAAUGGAUGAAUGGUAAAUGCAUAAAUAGUGUCAUAGAAGUAUUAAGAAAUGAGUUAUUAAGUGAGCAAACUGACUUACAUUGUUUAUUAGUAACAUCUGUCAAGUGACCAAGUGAGACUGUGGCAAAAGAAAACCCUGAUGUUGAAUUGAGGGUGUGUGUUAUUGCUUAUUACUUCAACUAUUCAUUUGUUGUUCUUCUUUCAACAGUUACCUAGUCUUGCUUUAAUAAAGGAGUUCAGUUCACCCAAAUUACCACAAAACAAUCUGAAUGAUUAGAUACCACAAGAGGCUAAGUGUAAAAACCCCACACUUAAAAAGUUAUCUCAUUAAAAAAACUAGUUAAUUUUAUCUGUAAUGACUCAUCACAACUCUGUACUCAUUUACCAACAGAAUAAAAUUGGUGUUUUGGAAGAAUUUAUUUUUUUAAACAAAGAGUUUUUUACAAAACAAGACAGCCUAUUGCAAAUACUUCAACUUCCUCAGAUUCUGUCCCUGAGUCAUCACGCGUGGAAGACAUUUAUCCAACAUGAACUGCAUAUUACUUACUAAUUGUUUAUUACAUGACCUGAAUAUCACCCAUAAUUUGCUGUAUAUAUCAAGUCUUUCCUUCUCCUAAAACCUCCUUAUUUUAUCACUGAUGAUGAGUUGUAUCCCAGUACUUUCAUGUAUUUCAGCUUGUUGACUAAAUUGCUGCCAGAGGAGUUUAAUUCAUUUACAGGCAGACAUGUUUUCAUGUUCAACUGCAUUGACGUUACUUGUUUUGCCCUCCGGACUACCUCUGAAAACUAACACGCCUGGGACACAUCUGAGGAAAUGUUUGGGUUUUAUCUGAUCUUUUCCAUCAGACCUGCAGGUGAUGUGGAUCAUGAAAUCUUGAAAUAACUGUCAAACUGUUACUGUUGUAGUCCACUCAUCUCAUCUCACUCCAUUCAUGUCACCAUAAUGAAUGAGAGUCAGCCUGAAGGGUGCCUCUUAAUUUAACUACAGCUUGGUCAAUGUUUAUUAUUUUACACACACUGUGUCUGGAUAUUUACUCUCUAUACUGGGACAACGUUGGUCUGUGAUCUUACUGAUGGUGAUAUAGUUACAUACAGUACUUGAUCCAUUUUCAACUGUUGAAAUGUUGAAGUGUAACUUGAGAAAUAAUCUUCUAUGCCUUACUUUUAACACAAUUUUGUAGUUAUGUUAUUGAUCCUCAUCCACUUCAUUAAUACAACUCACAAACCUGUGAUAUAUAUUUUAUGAUUCUUUACCAUGUGAUUUGUGUUAUUCUGCUUCUUUAUCGCUCAUCAAUAAAAUAUCACACC